AGGGCAGUCGUGAAAUGUAACUAAGUACUAAAUACUUAAGUUGAGGUAUUUGUAGUCUACUUUACUGGAGUAUUUCCAUGUGAUGCUACUUCUACCUAGAGUUUUUAAAGGUGUCACAGGGAGGUUAAGUGAGGGGUAAAGGAAGCAGCUGUCCCAGGCCGGGUGCCCUCUCUAAACCCCCGACACAUUAGUGCGCAGUGCCAUACUGGGCCAGCAGCAGCAGCAGUCAACGCAUCAUCACACGUAGUCUACUUUACGCACACUGGAUGAACGGAGUCAGAGACCCGGUGGAUGAGGAUGCUUACAGCGGCUCAGAAGGGCUUUCUUUCAGGGUUUAUUUACCAGGUAGCAGCAGUUUGGUCAAAAAUGCACUGGAGCAGACCGGGUGUGCUGGUCGGCCUAGCUGAUCUCGGCAGCUCAGCAUCGCCUCACUCAAUUUGAUUCUAGUACUUUUUUUAUUUAUUAAAGCGAUAUUAUUUCCAGGUCAAAAUCUCAGUUUCCUGUGCGGCUUGUUUGUACUAAAAAUGGCCGGAGAUGGCGGCGCUCUGAAGGAUAUCAAUGAGAUUAAAUCCCAGUUCCGGACCAGAGAGGGUUUCUACAAGCUGCUCACCCUCUCCGACUCGCAGCAGCGGGGCGGGCUGCCGCGGGGUCCGUCCGCCGGAGCCACGCUGGGCCCCGGGGCUGGACCCGGUACGAUACCCGGCGGAGGGGUCGGGCUGCUGCAGGGGCCCGGGGCUGCCGCCGCCUCCUCAUCCAAUGCCGCAGCCAACUCCUCUCCAGCGGGCUUCCUGCCUCCGGUCCGGGUCUCUAUGGUCAAGCUGCAGCCGGAAGACCCGAGCGAGGAGUCGGAGCGGGUGUGCUUCAACAUCGGCAGGGAGCUGUAUUUCUACACGUACACCAACAUCAAGAAGGCUGUAGACCUCAGUAAGCCGAUAGACAAGAGGAUCUACAAGGGGACUCAGCCUACAUGUCACGACUUCAACCAGUACUCCGCCACAGCGGAGAGUGUAGCUCUCAUCGUGGGUUUCUCAGCCGGACAGGUCCAGUAUCUCGACCCCAUCAAGAAGGAAACCAGUAAACUCUUCAAUGAGGAGAGGUUGAUAGACAAAUCCAAGGUGACUUGUCUAAAAUGGCUUCCCAAGUCAGAGAACCUGUUCCUGGCUUCCCAUGCCAGCGGCCACCUCUACCUCUACAACGUGGACCAUCCAUGUGGCACCACAGCCCCUCAGUACUCUCUGCUGCGGCAGGGAGAAGGCUUCGCCGUCUACGCCUGCAAAACCAAGACGCCUCGCAACCCGUUGUUACGAUGGGCUGUAGGUGAUGGAGGCCUCAACGAAUUCGCUUUCUCCCCGGAUGGCGUGCAUGUGGCAUGCGUUGGCCAGGACGGCUGCCUGCGUGUCUUCCACUUUGACUCAAUGGAGCUGCAGGGGGUGAUGAAGAGCUACUUCGGUGGGCUGCUGUGUGUGUCCUGGAGCCCCGAUGGGAAAUAUCUUGCAACAGGCGGAGAGGAUGACCUGGUUACCGUCUGGUCAUUUGCAGAAAGCCGUGUGGUUGCAAGAGGUCAUGGCCACAAGUCCUGGGUCAAUGUAGUGGCGUUUGACCCCUUCACAACUUCCCUGGAAGAUGAGGAGCCUAUGGAGCUUAGCGGCAGCGAGGAGGACCUCCAACAAGGACCAUCAAAUAACUCCAUGCACUUCGGCCGGGUCCGAACAAGCAGCACGUUGUCGCGUCUUUCUCGACACAGCUCUAAAGGUGGCGGCUCGCCUUCGGUCACAUACCGGUUUGGCUCGGUGGGGCAGGACACCCAGUUCUGUCUGUGGGACUUGACAGAUGACGUCUUAUACCCACGUCUGCCGCUGUCCCGCGCCUUUACUAACACUUUUGGACCCUCACUGUCCAACUCUGGCAGUGGGGUGGUCAACAGCACCUCAGGUGUGGGAGGAGGUGGAACGGUUGAGGGGCACCAUCAUCCGCCUAACACUAACACUGGUACCACCAACCCACCAACGCUCCCCUUACCGCUCCCUCGCUCCCUUUCCCGCUCCAACUCUCUGCCCCACCCCGCUGUGGCAAAUGUCUCCAAGGGCCAGGGCGCCUCAGAGGGAGGCGGGGGAAGUGGAGGAGGUGGAGGGAGCAGCGUCGGAGGAAACAGCACCCCAUUCAGCAUCGGCCGUUUUGCCACGCUGUCACUCCAUGAGCGAAAGUCGGACAAGUCUGGAUGCAGUAGUGGGGUGGAGAAGGAGCACAAGAGGUACCACAGCCUCGGCAACAUCAGCAAAAGCAACGAUAAAAUCAACGUUGCGCCGAGGAGCAACCGACUGGACGCUGCCAAGGUCCUGGGAACCACGCUGUGCCCACGCAUGCACGAGGUGCCGCUGCUGGAGCCGCUGGUGUGCAAGAAGAUUGCACAUGAGAGGCUGACUGUCCUGGUGUUCAUGGACGACUGCAUCAUCACAGCCUGCCAAGAGGGUCUCAUCUGCACCUGGGCACGGCCGGGCAAGGCGAACUUGACAGCACAGAACGGGAACUCUCCGAGCGGCACGGUGGUAUAGCUGGAGGAGAAGCUUUGCACUCAUCCCUACCCCCAUCCACCCUCUCCACCAAUCCUUAAAUAUGUCAAAAUGGGGCCAACAACCAGAGACCGUACCCUACCGUACCUACCACUGCAGUAUCAUAGCAUCAGUAUAACCCUAUGUACCUGCCAAGACCCAAACCCUGAUUUCUCUCACGGCGGCCAGUUUGGUGGGAAACACUUCCUGAAUCAUCGAACUAACAUUACUUACAACAGGUUUAUGAAGUCUUAAGAUAGACUUCAGAAGUUAGUUGGCGGUCUUACGGACACCCCUUGUGUCUGGGUGUUUCAUUGUUUGGGUGAGGCCCCUGAGUUCCAGUAAAGAGAGGUACUACUGCAUAACAUGAUAUUUUAGAAAACAGUGUUUUUUAACAGGGGUUUUCUAUUUCAACAUGAUGAAGAAAUGGUUUUCCCAGUUUGGAGUGGAAUAAUUUGACUGGCCUGCACAGAACCAUCAACUCAACCCCACCCAACGCAUGAACUGGAGCAGCGACUGUUAGUCAGGCCUUAUUACUUUAUCACCUUACUAAUGCUCUUGUGGUUGAAUGGGAGCAAAUCCCUGCAGACAGGCCAUACAUUCGGAUGGACAGGAAAUCUUAGAAGAGUGGAGGCUCUUAGCAGCAGAUUAAUGCUAAUGUUCACAUACAUUUGGCCAUAUAAUGUUUUUGAAACUUUGCUUGGUAUCUGCCCCACAAAGGCAACAGUAGUAACUAUAUUGUUUAUUUAACAUUUAAGUAGUUCUUCCUGCUUAAAUUUAGAUCCAGGAUUCUAAUGUGAAUCAAGUUUCAAGUGAAGUUUCAGCAGUCAGUGCCCUGACCAUGAUGUAACUUUAGAUUUAUAUAUGUCAGAUUCCUGAUGGUCAGCACCAGAGCAGGACGUACUACUUCAGGGAGGGUUUCCCACCUUGUGCCAUUCUGGUUUAAGUUUAUUCCCAGAGCUUGGGCCCUCUGCCUUCAUUUCACCCCUCCAUGAUUCUCUGCAGAACGCCUGCAUCAAACAAACAGAGCUACUUCCAGUCUGCAGCCCUGAAGCAACACGGAGCGAGCAGCAAGCUCAAUCUUCAUUCGUCCUCUGAUCCCGCCCCCAUUCCCCCUCGUGCAAAAGACUCUACAAAAGCCACGGCCAUUGUAUUUAAGUUAUUUAUUUUAUCACAAGACUGUGUAGUAAUUUAUAAUGUAUAUACUGAAAAUACUCUAUAAAUACAAAAAAGACAAACAUGUAUGGAAAUAAUGACUUGACAGCAAGGAAGAAAAAAAACCAGGAAAGAUGAAGAAUAUUAAUAUAUGAAGAUCCUUCUAUUGUACAUAGCAACUUCAGUUAAAAAAAAUGAAUGUCUGCUGUUUUAGGGAACUUGAAGAUGUCAAUGUGUUUUUAUUUUGUGUGAUAAAGUUUCUCCAGUUUGUCCCUGGAAGCGAGCUAGUGGAAGCAUUUAGGGUCCAGUGUGACUUUAUAGAGAGGCUGACCCGAGUGGAGCACAGAGAGCGACCUUCGAGGCUGAUAGCUGUACAGCUGACUGUCCGAGGUCAUGGGUCUGAAGAAUACUAACUCUCCUGUUCACCAUGUGUGGACAAACCGCAUCUUAAUAAAUCAAGAACAAACACACACUCUUGCACAUUCCGGAUGUAAAACGGCUCUCACACACACACACACACACACACACACACACACACACACACACACACACACACACACACACACACACAAAAUCCCCUUAUGGUGUAGCAUCAUAUAUACUGUAUCUUCAUUCCUGUUGCACCUCAAUUGCCUCUUGCAAGAAUUUGCACAUAUAAUAAAUCCACAGUCCAUCCUGAGCUGCCUGAUAAGUGACACACGGUGUAUUAUUAUCUUGUCUGCUCGACCUCUGUGCACAAGCAGCUCCCACAUCCCCACUAUUCACUGGAUAUAUUUGGUGCAGAGGAUUUAAAAAGUGUACAUCUUCACAAUUUGGAUCCUGCUUAUCAAAUUCUGGUGCUUAUUGAAUCUUUGUUCAGAUUCCUGACAUGAUAUGCGAGUAAGAAAAGAAACUAAAAUAACCACCUAGAUGUUUUUGCAGGUUUUGGGCUGCCUGCCAUAAAUCUGCCGAAAGGUAUUUUGUGAUUAUUUUUCAUUAAAAGUUCAAGUUAAAAUAAAGAAAACUAAGUAUUCUAUAAUACGUUUAUUGUUUGCCGUUUUACAUUUGUUUUUACUGGAGUUGGGCGUGCAAAGAUUAGCUGAUGUUGAGGCAUUAUAAACAAGACAGGGGACAUUAAAAAUGAAUGUUCAUUUAACUUUAUUAUUCAGUCAGACAUUGUGUUGUCACGUCAGCUGAUUCAUUGUUAUUUUGUUCUCCACACACAAGCUGCAGUGGUGGUUGAUGGGAGCGGUUAAUGUUUUUCAUCUUUUCCAAUUUAGGCCUAAGUGUUUAUCCAUGCGAGCGGCUAGCGGCAAGGGAUGGCAAUGUUUGUGUGUCUGUCAUUUGUACAGACAUGCGUGCAGUGGCGGGCCGUGCACUUCCCACCUAGGCCUUCAGUGAUGUCCUACACAGUCCUACCUGAA